CGGAGUUUAUCGGUGUGACCCAGAGUGUGUGUGUGUGUCGGUGUGUGUGGAUGAGUGUGGAUCUAUCUCACUGCAGCCUGGAAUAAAUGAGAAGCUUCACCAUCCGGAUAUUUACACGAAUCAGCGAUGCCCUGCGUCCAAACCCAGUAUGCAUCCCUGCCCCAUGACACCUAUUUCAGCUCAGAGUUCUUGAAUCCUGACCUCAGUGCCAAACUGGUGAUGGACAUCAGUGGCCAAAAGGACCAGCUGUCUACAUCUUCCUUGCCCAGCAUCAACACCUUGGUGGGAAAUGGCUACGUGGGGGAGUUUGAUGCUUAUUCCUGCAAGAUUACCACCUCUCCUCCUGCCUCCACCGUGUCAUUCAAUCACGUCAUGGUAACUGAAAGCUCCAGCCCUCAGGUGCAGAACCAGGCCUUUAAGCUGGAUGAUCUCCAGGUGUAUGGCUGUUACCCAGGCUCCUUUGCGUUCAGCUGCCUGGACGAAACACUGUCGUCUUGUGGCUCAGACUACUAUGGCAGCCCAGUUUAUGCGGCUGCCUCUCCUCCGACACCAGGCUUUCAGAACCAGUGUGCACCUGCCUGGGAUUCCUCUUUUUUCGGCUCCUACCCCUCGGCGCCCCCCUCCUCUGUGGCUGAUAAGGUCCCCAUGAAUCAGCAGCUCUCCUUCUUCACCUUCAGCCCUGCACCGGAGCAGCACUCUCCUCUGGGGCAGCAUCAGGAUGCUCAGCCAAACCAGGACGACCCCUUCUACUUGUCUCACCAGCAGCACGUCUCUCCCCUUCAUUGUGGCCCCAUGUCCAUGGAGCACAGACCUCAUGAGAGCCCCAGGAUAGUGGAGGGGGCCUUGGUGUCCCCUAAAGCCCACAACCUAGGAACCAGUGAGGGCCACUGUGCAGUUUGUGGUGACAAUGCUUCCUGUCAGCACUAUGGAGUCCGUACCUGUGAGGGCUGCAAAGGUUUCUUCAAGCGAACUGUACAGAAGAAUGCAAAGUACGUGUGCCUUGCUAAUAAAGACUGUCUGGUGGAUAAGAGGAGGAGAAACCGCUGCCAGUUCUGUCGUUUCCAGAAGUGUCUCGUGGUGGGAAUGGUCAAAGAAGUUGUUCGCACGGACAGCCUUAAAGGUCGUCGGGGUCGUCUGCCCUCUAAACCCAAGACUGUGGCCGAGGCUUCGUCCACGACCCCCAGUGUCAACAUCAUUUCCUGUCUUGUCAGAGCACAUUUAGACUCAAACCCGACCACUGGAAAGCUCGACUACUCCAAGUACCAGGAGACAGUGGACGACCUGAAAGAAAAAGAGGACGCUGGGGACAUUCAGCAGUUUUAUGACCUGCUCACAGGCUCCUUGGACGUGAUCAGAAAAUGGGCUGAAACCAUCCCAGGAUUCACAGACUUCUGCACUGAGGACCAGGAGCUGCUCCUGGAAUCUGCCUUCGUUGAGCUCUUCAUCCUCCGACUUGCCUACAGGUCAAAUCCAGAGAAGAGCAAGUUGAUCUUCUGCAACGGCGUCGUCCUACACCGACUGCAGUGUGUUCGCAGCUUCGGUGACUGGAUCGACUCCAUCAUGGAUUUCUCCCAGAGCCUUCACCGCAUGAACUUAGACAUCUCAUUGUUUUCCUGCCUUGCGGCGCUUGUUAUCAUCACUGAUCGCCAUGGCCUCAAGGAGCCCAAACGGGUGGAGGACUUCCAGAAUCAUCUCAUCACUUGUUUAAGGGAACACGUGAACGGAAACGGAUCAGAACCAACCAGGACCCAACCCAACUAUCUCUCUCGUCUUUUGGGCAAACUCCCCGAACUGAGGACACUGUGCACACAAGGCCUGCAGCGCAUCUUUUACCUGAAACUGGAGGACUUGGUCCCACCUCCACCUAUUGUGGAGAAGAUCUUUCUGGAUACUCUGCCAUUCUGAAACACUCAUGAAUACAAAUGUUUAAUUUGUAAAAGUGGCAGACACACAGGAGGAGGAAGGCUGAGGUUUUAUCACUGAACUCUACUGGUGAACCUUCUAUCCUCACACUGACCUGUGUGGCACUGUUCAAGAGACCAUUAUUUUUCUAACAUCAAGGUCUAAAACUGGAAAUGGUACCUGUGUGAGGACAUAGACAUUUAUUUCAGUAUUGUCAAAGACAAAUCUGAAAUGGUAUAAACCGUUCAGGACACAGUUUAUAUAUAUUUUUGUGUGCAUUUAUAAAAUGACUUUAUUGCUGUGCUUUCUGUGUGAAUGUUGCUAUGCAGCUGAAAAAAAGACAUGUGUAUUUGGGGGGAUGCAAUGCAGGGUUACAUACUCAGAAACACACUAAUUUCUUAAAAAGCAUGUUUUUGAAAUAACUUUCUGACCCCAUUAAGAAUAUGAGGUAGUAGAUCACAGAAUCACAAGAACUGUGGACUCCUACUUUAUUUACUCAUUUCUAUGUCUCACAGUUUCAAUCGUAAUCGUGCUCCUGUGGAAGGUCUCGGACCAAAGUUUACACUUAUUUUGAUACUAUCAGCGACAAACCUUAUUGCCUUUAGCUAAACACAGUGUUCCACCAUAGCGCUUGUGCUGCCAUCUUGAGACACCUUGUAAAGGCUGGUGCUGGCGGAGGUCCUGUUAAGCAGCACGUCCCGGUAGUAACAAGAACAAAAAAUGGACUUGUCUAUUGAAAACGCAAAGUGCCUUUUAAAAACCCUCAGUCCACGAAACCGCAUUGAGCGACACUAAGUGCAUUUUCAUUCCAAGCAUUACAUACAGGCAGCUGCAGAAGUUACAGACAUGAAUAAAAUAUGUCACCCUCUGA